CUUCCCCGCUUACCCUCUGCGCUGUGCAGGAGCUGGGGAGGAGUGUCUCUCGAGUUGCCGAAGCAGCAUGUCCGCUCCGUUGAGGUUUGACGGGCGGGUGGUGCUGGUGACUGGCGCAGGGGGAGGACUGGGCAGAGCCUAUGCCCUGGCGUUUGCUGAAAGAGGAGCUUCUGUGGUUGUGAAUGAUCUCGGAGGUGACUUCAAGGGACAUGGAAAGAGCUCGUCAGCUGCUGACAAUGUUGUUGAAGAAAUAAGAGCCAAAGGUGGAAAAGCAGUGGCCAACUAUGAUUCAGUGGAAGCCGGCGAGAAGCUUGUGCAAACUGCACUGGAUGCUUUUGGGAGGAUAGACAUACUUAUCAACAAUGCUGGGAUACUGAGGGACCGUUCGUUUGCUAGAAUUAGUGAUGAAGACUGGGAUAUAAUUCACAAAGUUCACCUGAGGGGGUCUUUCCUGGUAACCCGAGCUGCAUGGAACCAUAUGAAAAACCAGAACUUUGGCAGAAUAAUUAUGACUUCCUCUGCUGCUGGGAUAUAUGGCAACUUUGGCCAGGCAAACUACAGCGCUGCCAAACUUGGUCUUUUGGGUCUUGCGAACACACUUGCUGUCGAAGGCAGGAAGUACAAUAUCCAUUGCAACACCAUCGCUCCCACCGCAGGAUCUCGGCUAACGCAGACUGUCAUGCCUCAGGAUAUGCUGGAUGCGUUCAAGCCAGAAUAUGUGGCUCCUCUGGUUCUUUGGCUUUGCCAUGAAAGUUGUCAAGAGAACAGUGGACUGUUUGAGGUCGGAGCUGGAUGGAUUGGAAAACUACGCUGGGAGCGAUCCCUGGGAGCCAUUGUCAGACAGAAGAACCAGCCGAUUACACCAGAGGAGGUGCAGAAUAAAUGGGAGAAUAUCUGUGACUUCAAUAAUGCCAACAAACCUCGAACUAUCCAGGAAUCAGUCAGCAUGCUGAAUGAUGUGUUAAGUCAAAUAGAAUCCCAAGAUGUCUCCCCCAAUCCCACAAGCUACACUGCAUCAAGAUCCUCUACAGACUUUGACCCUUCGCAGAGCAUUGGCCAGAAGCUGCCUUCAAUGUCUUAUGAGUACAGUCAUUUGCAGCCCAUCCUGUAUGCACUUGGUGUGGGCAUGUCAACAAAAGAUCCGGACCACCUGAAAUUCCUGUUUGAAGGAAGCGAAGAGUUUUGCUGUCUUCCAAGCUUCGGAGUUAUACCAGCUCAGGCCUCUAUGCUCGAUGGUGGAUUGUCUAGCGUUCCAGGACUUAAUAUUGAUUUUACUAAGGUGUUACAUGGUGAGCAAUAUUUGGAGCUGUAUAAACCUCUGCCAACAUCGGGAAAACUAACUUCGGAGGCUACUAUUGCUGACAUCCUAGAUAAAGGCUCAGGAGCGCUUAUUCUCUUGGAUGUCAACACAUACUCUGGAAAGGACCUUUUGUGCUAUAACCAGUUCUCCGUCUUUGUUGUCGGAGCUGGCGGUUUUGGCGGGAAACGCUCAUCUGAGAAAGCCAAGGUCACGGCGAACCCACCCAACAGACCACCAGAUGCUACAGCCGUGGAUCUCACUACAGGAGAUCAGGCUGCUUUGUAUCGCCUGAGUGGAGAUUGGAAUCCUUUACACAUUGAACCUGGUUUUGCUGCCCUUGGAGGAUUUCAGAAGCCCAUAUUGCAUGGACUUUGUUCUUUCGGAUUUGCUGCCAGGCAUGUUUUGAAACACUUUGCAAAUAACGAUGUGACCAAGUUCAAGGCAAUUAAGGUGCGUUUUGCAAAACCGGUUUACCCGGGACAAACUUUGCAAACAGAGAUGUGGAAGGAAGGAAACAGGAUUCAUCUUCAGACCAAGGUCAAAGAGACAGGGGAGGUUGCAAUUGGAGGAGCAUAUGUCGACCUCACCUCAUCCUCUGAACAGCCUUCAGCUAAGGUAGUAGGACUCAAGAGUGACCUUGUGUUUGGAGAAAUUGGCCGUCGCAUCAAAGAGCUUGGCAGUGACCUGGUGAAGAAAGUAAAUGCCAUAUUUCAGUGGAACAUCACUAAGGACGGAAAGACUGCAGUGCAGUGGACCAUAGACUUAAAGAAUGGCUCUGGAGACUUGUACCAAGGACCAGCCCGCGGGAAGGCCGACACCAUUUUCAGCUUGUCGGAUGACGACUUUGUGGAUUUGGUGCUAGGCAAGAUCAACCCACAAAAGGCAUUCAUCUCCGGUAAGCUGAAAGUUAAAGGAAACAUCAUGCUGAGCCAGAAGCUGGGGACCAUUCUUCAACAGUAUGCAAAGCUGUGAGUUCCCUGCUGGAUUGAGUUCGCCUGGGAAGAAAAAAGGAGCCGUUUCCUUUUUCAGAUCAACAACCUGAAACCUUUAUGCAAAUCCUGUCUUAGAUAACUUCUAAUAGACUUUAUUGCUAACUCGCAAGUUGCCUUGAUUCUUGCGGAUACAGAAAGUUGGUGUGGAUGUUGAUGGGUUUAACAUGAUCUUUCUUCUUUCUUCAACGUUGCAAGCAUUCAUACCUUCCUUAUACCUUGUUCCUUGGAGCUGCUUCCAAUUAAAACUCACUCAGUUAAUAUAUUUCUAUAUGAAAUUUAAACGUAAUUCAAUAAAACAUAACUUUGAUACCA